AUGACGUCGAGCCAGCAAGCUCCUGCGUAUGCUGGCCAGUUUGCUCAGCGCAUCUCGGAGUACGAAUCAGUGCGCAUGUCUGCCAUCCAGGUGCAGGUCACUCCAACACACAGGGAGAUCAGCGUGGGAGAAUCCAAGUUUUUCCUCUGUGAAGUGGUUGGUGAUGCUAAAGACAUAGACUGGUUUGCACCCAAUGGGGAAAAAAUCCAGCCAAACAACCCCAAUAUCCAAGUGACCCGCAACGACGAAACCACCUCCACCCUUACCAUCUACCACGCUGAUGUGGAUAAUGCCGGCAUCUACAAGUGCGUGGCGAAGAGUGGUGAUAAGGAGGCCCAGGCUACGGUUCAGGUCAAGAUCUUCCAAAAGAUCACCUUCAAGAAUGUUCCCAGCCCGCAGGAGUUCAACGAGGGCGAUGACGCUGACAUUAUCUGCGAUGUGGUCGGGUCGCCAGUUCCUUUCAUCAUCUGGAAGCAUAAAGGUGCUAGGAUCCAAGCAAACAAAGAUGUGCGUUACAACAUCAUGGAGAACGGCCACUUGAUGAUCCGCGGCAUCAAGAAGACUGACGAGGGAGCAUAUAACUGCGAGGCACGCGUCAUGGAGACUGGAGAAAUCAACUUCAAAAUGAUCAAUGUCAUCGUUAACGUCCUCCCGACCAUCCGUGCCAGGCAGUCUGAGGUCAACGCCACCGCAGACAUGGGCUUCACCACUCUCUUGGCCUGCGACGCUGAUGGCUUCCCCGAACCCACUGUCACAUGGAUCCACAACAACAUCAUCCUGCAGUCGGGAGAUAAAUACAGUCUGAAUGAGGACGGCUCCGAGCUAGUGAUAAAAGGGGUCGUCAAAGUGGAUGAAGGAGAAUACACCUGUUUAGCCAAGAACAAGGCGGGCGAAAUGAGCCAGGAAGUUGGUCUCAACGUCUUUGUGCAAGCUAAGAUUACAUACUUGAACAACGAGACGGCGACGGAGUUCGAUGAGGAAGUCACCCUGACCUGUGAGGCCUCAGGUGACCCGACGCCCUCCAUCUCCUGGAGCUUCCAAAAUAGGAUGUUCUCCGAAGGUGAACAGGCUUCAUGGACGCGACCCGACCAGUACGAGAGCCACGACAGAAACAUCGUGGUUCGCAGCCACGCGCGAGUGUCAUCUCUCCUCUUGAAAAAUGUCGACUUCACGUACGCCGGACAGUACCUGUGCACCGCCAGCAACUCUAUCGGUCAGGACAACCAACCUGUGUACCUGGAGGUUCGCUACGCCCCAAAGAUUCUAGGAGUUGUGACGGUCUACACGUGGGAGGGCAACCCAGCUAAUAUCAGCUGCGAGGUGGAGGCUCACCCCGGGGCUUCCGUCACUUGGUUCCGAGACGGCCUCCAAUUACCUUCUGCAAACAUCACGGGGGUGAAAAUCUAUAGCACGCCAAGCAUCAGCUACCUAGAGGUUUCUCCCGAGUCUCAAGGUGACUUCGGAAGCUACAAUUGCACGGCAACCAAUGUGAUGGGUACCGAGUCCAAGGAGUUUCUUCUCAUCCAAGCAGAGGUGCCAUCACCACCAGAGAUCCGACGGACGGAGCCUUUCUCCAGUUCGGCUGUGGUGGAAUUUGACGAACCUGAUUCUUUUGGAGGAGUGCCCAUCAUCAAGUAUCGGGUUCAAUGGCGUCCCGAUGGCCAGGGCUGGACUGGAAAGGAGUACGACGCCACAGAAGAUAUGACCAGGAUUAACAUCGCUGGCCUGACCCCCGACACCACAUACGAGAUCAAGAUGUCAGCCAUCAAUGGAAAAGGCGAAAGCGAGAGCAGCACAGCUGUUAAGUUCAUGACUGGACCGAUCCGCUACCAUCUUUCAGCUUCAUCAGAGGUUCCUCCCAUUAUUGUCACCACCAGUAUGGCGCUUAAAGGGGAACCCAGCGCGCCCAAAUUGGAGGCCAUGGUUCAAAAUCAGGGCAACACUCUCAAGGUCAACUGGAUCAAGCAGGAUGACGGCGGAUCCCCAAUUAAGCAUUACCUGGUCCGAUACAAGCCUAAACAUGUGUCCGACUGGAAACCUGAGAUCCGCAUUCCACACGGAAGCGAGCACGUGGUGCUGAAUGGACUGGACUGGAAUACGGAGUACGAGGUCCGUAUUGUGGCGGUCAAUUCCAAGGGUCGAUCCGAGCCUGGCGUCCUGUCCUUCAGAACAGCCACAGAACCUACCACCAUGCCAGACACCUGCGCAUCAGGCUCAGGCCUGAGCACGGGCGCCAUCGUGGGCAUCCUUAUGGUGGUCUUCUUUGUGCUGCUGGUGGCCGUGGACGUCACCUGCUACUUCCUCAACAAGUGCGGCCUCCUCAUGUGCAUCGCUGUCAACUUCUGCGGGAAGGCCGGGCCGGGAGCCAAGAGCAAGGACAUCGAGGAGGGCAAGGCCGCCUUUACGAAGGAUGAGUCCAAGGAGCCCAUUGUGGAAGUGAGGACUGAGGAGGAGCCAACGCAGAACCAGGAGGGUGUAGUACCCACCGAGCCCAGUGAGACCACGCCUCUGACAGAACCUGACGGGAAAAUGAAGGACGACGUCAAGACGGAGGCCAACAACACCGCGGCCGAGGUGAAGACGGUCCCCAACGAGGCGCCCCAGACCAACGGCAACGAGAGCAAAGCGUAA